GAGAGAUAAUGUGACCUUCUGCCAAAGUGCUGGAGCUCAUGCCUUCAUCGCCUGCCGCUCUCUGCCGAUACUGAAAUAGAUUCAAACAAGUGCCAAGAGGAGAGAAGAGGACAGGAUAGACAGAGUGUGGGGGGGGAGAGGGACGAGGGAAAAAAAGGAAGGGAGACUGAAGCCACUACUGAGGAAUGAUCCAUCCGGAGCAGGGGCUGGGAGAGGAUCGCCAGUGCAGGCAGUAGGUGGCUGAGAUGGGCGGUCCUCCAGGUCGACUGAGCGCCUUUCUCCGGCUGCUGCCGCUCCUGCUGCUCCACACUGCCCCCUGCUGCUUGGGCCGCCCGUUUGGGCCGCCCAUCCCACCGGUCAAUGUGGCGGUGGUGUUCAGCGGCUCCUCCUACCAGGCGGAGAUCAAGGGGCGGCUGAACAGGGAGAGCUUCAUGGACCUGCCACUGGAGGUGAACGCCAUCACCGUGCUGGUGAACGACACGAACCCACGGGCGCUGCUGACGCGCAUCUGCGACGCGCUGGCCGCCAACCGCGUGCAGGCCGUCGUCUUCGAGGACAACGUGGGCUCUGAGGCCGUGGCACAGAUCCUGGACUUCAUCUCCUCGCAGACGGCCGUGCCCAUCGUGGGGAUCAGCGGGGGCUCUGCUGUCGUGCUUCCUCACAAGGGCGAAGGCUCCGCCUUCCUGCAGCUUGGCUCCUCCAUCGAACAGCAGAUCAACUGCAUGUUCAAGAUGAUGGAAGAGUAUAACUGGGACAGCUUCACAGUGCUGACCAGCCUAUACCCCGGGCACGAGGCCUUCGUGGAGUACAUCCGCUCCUUCACGGACACUAGCUACUUCCUGUGGGAGCUGCAGGACGUGCUGAGCUUCGACAUGGCGGAGGGGGCCAGCGACGUGCGGGCGCAGAGGCUGCUGAGGCAGAUCGACGCGCAGGUGCUGCUGCUGUACUGUUCCCAUGAGGAGGCGCGCUACCUGUUCCGGCUGGCGGGUCCCGCCGGUCUGCUGGGCCCCGGUUACAUCUGGAUCGUUCCCAGCCUGGUGGUGGGCAACCCGGACGUGGCUCCGGCCGACUCCUUUCCCGUGGGGCUGAUCGGCAUCAUCACCGACCGCUGGCGCACCAGCCUGCGGAAGCGGGUGCGAGACGGCGUAGCCAUCGUGGUGAAGGCCGUGCAAAAUUACCGGCAGCACCGUGGCGCCAUCCCCGAGAGCCACAGCGACUGCCACAUGCCCGUCAGGCCCGUCAGGAAUGACUCCCUCUACAGCUACAUGUUGAACGUGACUUGGGAGCACAAGGAUUUCUCCUUCAACAGUGAAGGCUAUCUGGUCAACCCAUCCAUGGUGGUCAUCACGCUGGACCGUGAGCGGCAGUGGGACAAGGUGGGGAACUACGAGAUGGGAGUCCUGCAGAUGCGCUACCCAGUGUGGCCGCGCUACGGCCGCUACCUGCAGCCCGUGUCGGACAACCGGCACCUGACGGUGGCCACGCUGGAGGAGAGGCCCUUCGUCAUCGUGGAGAGCGUAGACCCGGCCACGGGGACCUGCGUCAGCAACACCGUACCCUGCCGGCGCCAGUCCAACAAGACGGAAUCCAUCAUUGGUCACACUGAGCCCUACACCAAGCUCUGCUGCAAAGGCUUCUGCAUCGACAUCCUCAAGAAGCUGUCGCGCAACAUCAAGUUCUCCUACGACCUCUACCUGGUCACCAACGGCAAGCAUGGCAAGCUGGUCCGGGGAACGUGGAACGGAAUGAUUGGGGAGGUGGUUUACAAGCGAGCAGACAUGGCCAUCGGCUCUCUCACCAUCAAUGAGGAACGCUCGGAGAUCAUCGACUUCUCCGUGCCGUUUGUGGAGACCGGCAUCAGCGUGAUGGUUGCUAGGAGCAACGGAACGGUCUCGCCGUCUGCCUUCCUGGAACCCUACAGCCCGGCCGUGUGGGUGAUGAUGUUCGUCAUGUGCCUGACUGUGGUGGCGGUCACUGUGUUCGUCUUUGAGUAUUUCAGCCCUGUUGGCUACAACCGCAGCCUCAUCACCGCUAAAGAUCCCGGCGGUCCCACCUUCACUAUUGGGAAGUCUGUCUGGCUCCUGUGGGGCAUCGUCUUCAACAACUCGGUCCCCAUUGAAAACCCCAAAGGCACCACCAGCAAGAUCAUGGUGCUGGUCUGGGCCUUCUUCGCUGUCAUCUUCCUGGCCAGCUACACGGCCAACCUGGCGGCCUUCAUGAUCCAGGAGCAGUACAUCGACACCGUUUCUGGGCUCAGCGACAAAAAGUUCCAGAAGCCGCAGGAGCAGUACCCACCCUUUCGGUUCGGCACGGUCCCGAACGGCAGCACGGAGAGGAACAUCCGCAGCAAUUACCCAGAAAUGCAUGCCCACAUGGUGAAGUAUAACCAGAAGGGUGUGGAGGAUGCGCUCAACAGCCUCAAAACAGGGAAGCUGGAUGCCUUCAUCUAUGACGCAGCCGUGCUGAACUACAUGGCAGGGAAGGACGAGGGCUGCAAGCUGGUGACCAUCGGCAGCGGCAAGGUGUUUGCCACCACUGGCUACGGCAUCGCCCUGCAGAAGGAGUCUCGCUGGAAGCGACCAAUCGACCUGGCGCUGCUGCAGUUCCUGGCCGACGGUGACACCCAGAAGCUUCAGACAGUCUGGCUGACCGGAAUCUGCCGGAAUGAGAAGAAGGAGGUGAUGAGCUCCAAGCUGGACAUUGACAACAUGGCGGGGGUCUUCUACAUGCUGCUGGUGGCCAUGGGCUUGAGCUUGCUGGUCUUCUCCUGGGAGCAUCUGCUCUACUGGAAGCUGCGGCACUCCGUACGGCGCUCGGAGCGCCUGGACUUCCUGCUCGCCAUCAGCAGGGGAAUUUACAGCUGCUUCAGCGGCGUGGAGGGGGCGGAUCGUGACGGCAGCCUACAGAGCCCUGAUGUCACCACAGGCUACACGCAAGCCAACAUGCUGAAGAUGCUGCAGACGGCGAAGGAUAUGGUCUCCUCGGCCCGCGUGGAGGAUUCCCUGGACCAUGCCACACGCACCAUCGAGAACUGGGGCCGGCGCGGAGAGCUUGCUGCGGGGGGCGUGGCCCCGGCCCGUGCGGGGGUGGGGGGAGCAGGUGACUAUCACCCCGGACGCCUUCCCUACAUACCCAGCAUCACGGACAACCACCUGUCUCCGUGCCUCUCGCCGGCCUUUCCAGGACACUACGGUGACAAUGCCACCCAGCCUCUUCUGGGGAAGUCAAGGGCAAUGGUUGGCCGACAGCGGCCCACGCCAUUGCGGUACACGCUGCCCACUAGAGGGCGCCACGCGCUCUAUGAGCGUGCACUUCCUGUCUCCAGCCUCAGCAGCCCCCACCUGGCCAUGAGGGAUCCUGUGCCGCCCGUCAGCACUCGAACCCGGCACCCGGCCGGGGCUGCCCCCUUCACCUCCUACAACGACGCCCACCUGCCGGACCUCUACCUAGACCACAGGCAGCCGCCUUGCCGGAGACUCUGCCAGGAGGGAUCGGGCUGGAAGAAGAGUCCCCAAGGCUUCCUGACAGGGGCACCAGAGGCCCGGGUGAGACACGACUACCAGGAGCCAUCGUCCUGCUUACCUGAGCCGAGGGAUGGUCCCCUGGCAGACGGCCACCCCCACGGCCACCCCCAGCUCCGCCCCGGCCCCAGUCCCUCAUCCUGCGUGAAGCCAUACCAGGAACCGGGGCUAGAAGAGGCGCCGCUACUGGGGAAGGAGAAGCUGAACCGGCGCGCCUCCUUCCUGCGGGCCACCUGGGCAGGCGAGCGACUGCGGCGACCGGAGGACGAGCCAGACCUAUUCCCCCGCGUGGUUCUACCGUCAGGGCCCCAGCAGGGGGCGCUGCGGAGGGACACGGGACGCAGCUUGUGCUACCUGAAGCCCGACUCCUACCUCAGCCCCUCGCACGGCCACCUUUAUGCAGGGGGGCGUGUCAGGUGCACUCCGUCCACGAGGCUGCCCUCCUACCACGAGGCAGUGGUGCAGAACGCCGCUGCCCUGCGCCGCUCCACCGUGGUCCAUCGGCACUACUCCACCUACCUGGACACUUACACGGACCUGCCCGUCUACAUGGGCCCCUCCCACUUCUACCAGCACUCGCGGGAAACGUGCGACAUCUUCCCCUGCGUGGGAGCCUGCCCCGACGGCGCCAUCCCACUGGCCACGCGCACUGGUGACAGGAACAUGCCAUGCGCCACAUACGAGGGCGGCAAGAGGGACCACGCCAGCAUGUCGCUGCCGGGGGCGGUUGGGGGGGGCAGGCCCAGGCGGCCGGCCCUGCUGCCGCCACGUGGCGCGGGGAGCCCCCACCUGCCUAAACCUUGGGCUAGAGUGUCCAGCCUGGAGUCAGAAGUCUGAGCUGACUGGGCCAGGGGGCGAUCAGGAACUUCUGACUUUGAGGAGGGGAGGUGUAGGAAUGUGUGCUGCUGACCUGCUGCGGGGAGGGGGGGUUAGGAUGAGCGCCCCGCACAGGUCCACACGGGACAUUACACGCCAUGCGCUUAGGGCUCUCCACCCUCCCCCACCCUCCCCCUCCCCCAUUCCAAGAGUCUCAUUCUUUUAUCAUGAAUCUGAAAGCCUGAUUUCUUUCGUUUUUUCCUUUUUGGUUGAUUUACUGAAACGUCUUCCGAGGAUGUCAUG